AGUGAAUAGUUAAGAUUGGUAUGUGUCGCGCAGUCAUCGUUCGUAAAAAAUUAGAACGAAGCUGUCAAAGGGAAAUGUAGAAUUUACAAAAGAUGUCUUGACCUCUCUACUGAUUAGUUAAUAAAAGAUUUCGAAUUUCAAUAAAAUUGUUUGAAAAAAAAUAACGUUCAUUAAAUAACGUAUUUAGAUUCUAUAGUAAAUCAUUUUGAUUUUAAUGACAAAUUGUUUGACGUUUAUUCUCCGCCAUCAUUAAUACAGACAGUGAACUGCCAUAUUGCUCGUGUUAAAAAGGAUUCUUAACUAUUUACUUAAACUCGGGUAAUAUAUCUGAAUUUAGUGAUAGAACGAGUAGUUUAUGCGGUAAAAGUAACGAUAAGAGUCAUUUCGAGCAUUGUUAAACAGUAUAAAGUUUUAGCGUAAACGUGUUAUAAGAGGUACAAAAUGUCGACUGGACCAUACAAUUAUUCAUAUAUUUUUAAGUACAUUAUCAUAGGCGAUAUGGGAGUAGGAAAAUCGUGUUUACUUCAUCAGUUUACAGAAAAGAAAUUUAUGGCCGAUUGUCCACAUACAAUUGGCGUAGAAUUUGGUACUAGAAUUAUUGAAGUAGCAGGCCAAAAAAUAAAGUUACAAAUAUGGGAUACUGCAGGGCAAGAACGUUUUAGGGCUGUUACUAGAUCGUAUUAUCGUGGUGCUGCAGGCGCCUUGAUGGUUUAUGACAUUACACGUCGUUCUACGUAUAAUCAUCUGAGCAGCUGGCUUACAGACACGAGGAAUUUGACCAAUCCAAGCACUGUAAUAUUUCUGAUUGGAAACAAAAGUGAUUUGGAAGAUCAACGAGACGUAACUUAUGAAGAAGCCAAACAAUUUGCCGAUGAAAAUGGUCUUAUGUUUGUUGAAGCUAGUGCAAAAACUGGACAUAAUGUUGAAGAAGCAUUCUUGGAGACAGCAAAGAAAAUAUUCCAGAGUAUACAAGAUGGACGAUUGGAUCUAAAUGCUGCUGAAUCGGGUGUCCAACAUAAUCCUAGUCAACCUGGUCGUACUAGUCUUCAAGGAGUAUCAAAUGAACAACAAGGAGGCAAAGAUUCCUGCUCUUGUUAGAUAAUAAUAAUUUCAAGUAAUAUUAUCUGGACUUCUGACGCAGUAUAGAUAUAUAUAUGUUAUAAAAAGUUAUUUCAAUGAUAUCAGUUUUAUGGCUGGCAUUCCAAACGGUGUAUUAACAACGUGGUUUUUACAUGGUUAUGGUAACUUAUAUAUAUUUUGUAUACUAUAUAUAUUUUGUUGUGUAAUUGGAUAGGUAUAGUGUCGUACGGUAUAACGAAUUAUUAAAGCCAUGAAGCCCUUUAUUAUUUAAAGCGCAGCGAAAGUUAUAUGGAUAUUUGAAAGUAGCUUUGUUGGUGUGUAUAGUAUAAGUUAUAUUAUAUUCUUCAAAGAUUACUUAAUAGGCCUAUACAUAUUUCUCAUAUGUACAUACUACAUGGAAGUUGAUGCUAAAUUUUAAACUCUGAACGAUUAAUAGGCCGAUAUGAUUUUACAGUAGAAACAUAAUAAGGAUACAUUUUUCGCAACGCCUUUGUUUGGCUUCUGACGAAAAAUAAGAAGUUUACCUUUCCAUUUUUUCUAAUAAUUAUUAUUCACGAAGGUGUUCCUGUGCCAGAUAAGAAGCUAUGUAAAAUGGUGCUGCUUGCAUAUUUUUAAUGUUAUAUUAUACAAGCUGAUAGAGCAGUUAUGUAUAAUAUGAUAUUUGCAGAACUUGAUACUUCCUGUAGUGACAUGUGUAGAAUUUAUAAUGAUUUUCAAUAGGUCUAUUCAUUUCCCUUGCAUUCAACGUAUGAAUUAUUACGAUUGUAUCAGCAUCAUCGUAUUUUUAUAUGCUAGAUUCUUUUCAGCACAAAUAAAAUGAUCUUCUUUCAUGAGAAU